AUGAAAUAUUGGUGUCAACUUUUACUUUUCGCAGCGUCCUUGAAAAUCAGUUGUGGUGAACGACUAUCGGAUCAGAUCUAUCUAGAUUUGAUUGGUGGAAGAUACAGUUGCUUUCGAUUGUUGAAUGGAACACAUGAAAUUGGGUGUGGUUCUGCAGAGGAAGGAAACGAAGGUGUUGUCGUUUAUGCAAAUAAUGCUGAUGAGUUAAUCAAUCUUAUAGCAAGUCUUGAUUCUGAAGAUCGCAUUAUCACAGCUUUCGAUAUAUUUCUUUUAAAUGAGGAAAUAAUCAGAGUAUUGAAGGACGAUAAAGUACGUGGUGUGCUUCUUUUACGCAAUGAAUCUUCUAUCAGCGACAUGAAACGACUUGAUGUCGGAUUUUCGGAAGAUGCCGUUUGCCCUAACGAACAAUUUGAUAUUAGUGGGAAAUGUGAAAAUCGUUGGAAUGAACACGGUGCACUGUUGCCGGAAGGCUUUCGAUUCAUCAAUUGGAAGAAACCAAUUUUUGUUAUUGAAAAUUACACUGAAAUUGACAUCAUCAGAAAUUUCUGUUAUGAAGCAUUCAACAAGAGGAAUUUGAGAGAAGAUGUACUUUGUUCAGCUCGCAUGAAGCAUUUCAUGCGAGCAGCGGGAAAUGCUCAAAUAUGUCUCCAACGCCAAAGGCUGUUUUACGGCUUUUCAGAUUCAUUGAUCUCUUUAUGUGACCCAUUGGCAGACAAAAAUUUGUUUGCAACAAUUCCAGCACUUACGAAAAAGUUCAAGCCGAAAAUCUUGAUUCUCUCCGCCAGAAUGGAUUCCUUCAGUUCGUUCACAGAAGCAGCUGUUGGUGAGGUGUCUGUUCUCACAUCACUCGUUAGUCUUCUAGCGGUUGCUAAAACGAUUGCAAAUCAUUCCACUGAAUUUGAAGCUGUAGCACAACGCAAUGGGAGGGCCGUCAUGUUUGCAUUUUUUCACGGAGAAUCGCUGGGUUAUAUCGGAAGUAGUGCCACAGUAAAUGACAUCAUAAAAGGCGAAUUUCCUCUAGAUAUCCGGUUAACAGAUAUCGAUAGCUUUAUUGAGGUGCAGCAGCUUGAUGGUUCAGAACCAGUGUUUUCUGCUCACAUCGAUUCAAAGGCUUACGAUACUCCUGAAAACAAACUGAAAGUGCAAACUUUGCUAGACGCAGCUAAAUCGUCCUUUAAGCAAAGUAAAAUAAAUAUCGAGAGGAGGACUGGAUUACCACCCUCUUCUUAUCAAUCAUUUUUGAAGGGAAAACGUGACAUAGCUGGUUUUGUUCUUCGGCCGUUUAGUCAACAAUAUAUUUAUAAGUUAGUAGGAAUUGUUCAGCUGUGA